AUGGCCAUGCGCACCAAUCUGCCUCGCCAGAUUCCUACUCUGGCUAUUGGUCUGUUCUUCGCUCCAUCAGAGCGCACUAUAGCCUCUUGGUCCCUUUGCGCCCUUGUUAAUUUGAGCUGCUUCCCAACCUCACUUUUCCCAACUGCCCCAUCCGCAGCUGCGCGUCAGAUGCGGACCAGUACCCCUCUCCAGUCCGUGGCCAACCCCGCUGAUACGCACGGCCUCUCCCACUGGAAGGUGGAGCGCCUUUUGAGCGUCGCGCUGGUUCCCCUCAUCCCGGCUGCCUUCAUCGCCCCGGGCCCUGCGGUUGACUACGGUCUCGCCGUGAUUGUGCCCAUUCACAACUACCUUGGCAUGGAUGCCAUUAUCACCGACUAUGUCGCUCACUCGCUCAAGGGCGCUGUCAAGGGCCUCAACUUUGUGGGACAUGUGGCUACGAUUGGCGGCCUCAUUUACUUCAACAUGAAUGACGUUGGUAUCUGCGAGGGCAUCAAGAUGCUGUGGUCCCUCUAAGCAUACUGCUGCUGCCCCACAGCGGCAAGGCUUUGUUCUGACAUGGGUCAUCCUUCUGGGUGCCCCUUGUCUCCUUGCCCACGUUUUGUUUCCUUUUUUUCAUGUUUU